UAUUUGAAACUAUCUCAAAUAUCUUAAAGCGAUAAAUAAAAUAAAAGGAGAAAUAAUUUUCAAAAUUAUUGUAGUACAUUCUAAAACUUGGCAAUAACAGUAGUACGGCACUUGUUUAUAGUUUUGAUUUUGAUUGAUUCGUUUUUUGAUACCGGUUGCAAAGUUUCACAACGUGGUGUUUAUAAGAUUUUUGCGAAAAUUCCAUCUUGAAAGUCUCUAAUCUAAGUUGGUUACGGUUCGUUGGGUAAUAUUUAUCAGGAAUUAGGUCCAAAGGUCAUCGAUCCAUUUUUAAAAUGUGGGAAGGAAACAUAUUUAAUACUGCUGUCACGACUGCAUGUGCUGCGGGAUGUGGAAUAUUAUUAGGAAUUUUUGCCAGCAAUAUGCACAAAAAAUACGUUAUGAAGUCAAUUCCUAGUAAUGACAAAAUUAGUGAAGAAGCGGUUUUCUCUGAUUUUGUUCAAGGAGAUCUGAAACUAGUACUAGUUGUACAAAAUGGACUGAAGAUGGGAAAAGGAAAAAUAGCAGCACAGUGUGCCCAUGCAUCUGUGGCUGCUUACCAAAAUUGUUCUAUAAAAAAUCCAAGUUUACUUAAGGAAUGGUUAAAAAGUGGACAGAGAAAAGUUGUUCUCAAAGUAGAUUCUGAAGAAGCAUUAAUGGAAAUAGCUGCCACCGCCAGAAGAGCUGGUCUCAAUUUUAAUUUAGUGUGUGAUGCAGGACGAACACAAAUCCCUUCAGGAAGUAGGACAGUUUUAGCAGUUGGCCCUGAUUUGGAGCAGAAUAUUGAUAAAGUUACUGGCCAUCUGAAACUUCUAUAGUAUUAAUUUUUUAAAAUAAAUUUGUAUAUAUUUUUUAACA